UUUUAGUCCCGCCUAUUUGGCUGAUGACGUACGGACGCGGAAGUGCCGCCAAAAAAACCGCCGCCGUAGCUGUUUUCAAUACAUGUAAAGACAUGUAUGUCAGAAAGCUCAGUGACUUAACUUACAGUCACCGUGGCUCUUAUUUGUCAUUGAGAAACUCUGAUCUGAUCCAGCCCGGAAAGCCGCACAUAUGUGGGGAUGUACAGCUCUGAGUUCUUCAGAAAAGAGCCCAUUUCGUUAUAACCUGAAGUGUACCUCCACUAAGUAAGUCAUUAGGAUGGAGAAUGGGGUGGCAUCCACCAAAGAAGAGGGCUUCCUCUCCAGAAUGGCUCUCAAUGACAACAAAGCUGGUAUGGAGGGUCUUGACAGAGACAAGAUCAAUAAGAUCAUCAUGGAAACCUCCAAGGGAUCGAAGUUUUACGAGAAUGAGCUGAAGAGAGAUCAGCAGGUGAACCAGCGCAUUACGAAAAUGAUGCUACAGAAGGCACGGAUCACAGAGCAGCAGUUAAAAAAAGCACAAGCUCAGGUGGAAAAGGUGGCCACAGCACUGGAGAAGAGUCGUGAUCUAAGCCGUGUGAUUGUACAUGUGGACAUGGAUGCUUUCUACGCUGCUGUUGAAAUGAGAGACUGUCCUGAACUGAAGGACAAGCCCAUGGCUGUAGGAUCCAUGAGCAUGCUGUCGACCUCUAACUAUCACGCCAGGAAAUAUGGGGUUCGAGCUGCCAUGCCUGGCUUCAUUGCAAAGAAACUCUGCCCCAGUUUAGUCAUUGUUCCACUUAACUUUGAUAAGUACAGAGCUGUGAGCAAUGAGAUCCGGGAGAUCUUUGCAGACUAUGACCCGAACUUUCAGCCACUGAGCCUGGAUGAAGCUUAUCUAGAUUUCACAGACCACCUGGAGCAGAGGCAGCACUGGCCAGAGUCCGCACGUACACAUCACUUCCGUGUCAGAGACAUGACCACAGAUGAGAAAAAAGCUGAGCUUUCCCAGGAAGCCAUGACAGAGAUAAGAGAGCUCUCCCCAGUACUGUUUGAGGACAGCCCAGGCUCCUCUCCCAGCCCAGUGGGCCCUGAAGGUGUGCGUGCUCCUGCAGGUGAUUUCGAGGUGUUUGGGACAUCUGUUGAAGAGGCUGUGCGAGAGAUGCGCUUCCGCAUCGAGCAGAAGACGAUGCUGACUGCCAGUGCAGGAAUUGCUCCAAACAUGAUGCUGGCUAAGGUGUGCAGUGACAAAAACAAACCCAAUGGACAAUACAGACUCCCAUCCACCAGAGAGGCAGUGAUGGACUUCAUCCAUAACCUUCCAGUUCGCAAAGUUUGUGGCAUAGGAAAGGUGAGUGAGAAGAUGCUGAACGCUUUGGGUAUCAGUACCUGCUCCCAUCUUGGCCAGCAGAUGGCGUUGCUGUCAUUGCUGUUCUCGGAGACAGCCUGGCAUCAUUUCCUGGAGGUUUCUCUGGGUCUGGGCUCCACAUAUAUACCCAGGCAUGAAGAAAGAAAAAGCAUGAGCACAGAGAGGACCUUUAAAGAACUGAGUAAAGUUGAGGAGCAGUUGUCUUUGUGCAGGGAGCUGUGUGAAGAUCUAGCAGAAGACAUGAAGAAAGAAGGUCUGAAGGGUAAAACGGUAACACUGAAGCUCAAGAAUGUGAACUUCGAGGUGAAAACCAGGGCAAUGACGCUGCCGUGUGCUGUUGCCACAGUGGAUGAGAUCUUCGCUGUUGCUAAGGACCUCCUGAAAACGGAAAUAGAAAAUGAGAGCCCUCAGCCACUCAGACUGAGGCUCAUGGGUGUUCGAAUUUCUGCCUUCGCUAGUUUGGAUGAUAAAAAGCCCUUGCAGAAGAGCAUCAUCGGCUUUCUGCAGAGCGGCAAGACAGACUGCUCUAGUUCUUCCCAAGGGAUGCAUCAAAAACCGGGGAAUGAGCAUCUCUCCGAUGCUUACUCCUUCCACACCUCGCCACUUGUGUGCCCUCUAGUGGAACAGAAACACCAGAGACAAGAAGACCUUCCCUGGCGGAGUAAGCAGAGGGAGACAGAAGGAAGCCAGGCAGCUGUGGGACUCCAGCAGUCUUUCUUUCAAAGGGCUCAUGUUAGAAGACUGCAACUCGAGGCAGCUAAUGCAGCCUCAAAAAAUGAGGGGAGCGGGGAAAACGCUCCAGUGAUUGCUAAAGCAGGGAGUCCGGCCAAAGCAAGUGAAAACAACCAUUUACCGCCCGAUCUCUCAGAAACUCCCAGUCCUGUACAGGCGCAUGCAUCCACAUCAGCCUGUGCAGAAUCAGAAACCCUCACAUGUCCCGUGUGCUUCAGAAAGGUGGAAACCACCGACCUGAAUGUCUUCAACACGCAUAUAGACCAAUGUCUCAGCAACGCCUCUCAAAAAACAAACAAUGGCACAGAGUCAGACACAGAGUCAGAGUCGGAUCUAAAGAAGGACCGCGAGGAACGUGCAGCAGUGAACAAACUGAGGAGGCGGCACGAGGCUCAAGAGAAGAAGUCAAAAGUCAAUCCUCAGAAAGGCCAAAGCAGCGUAAAAAAAGAUUCUGUUCAAAAGGUUUCGUUGAUUAAAGACGACAACAAAACUGCGACCUCGCAAGAGCCUCAGCCAUCUAAUAGCAAAGGGCCAGUCUUCGUCUGCCCGGUGUGUCAGCUGACCCAGGAGACUCAUGACCUUGCCGUCUUCAACCACCACGUUGACCUCUGCCUGAACCAGGAGGUCUUACAUGAGCUGGGGAGACAGACAUCAUCCUCCAUAAAUCUAUCUCCAGCUAAAAAUAGCAAGAGCACAGACGGAGGACAUCUUCAGCUAAAGCAAGCAAGUAAAGGCAAAAGCAAAAGACGGGACACGCCUUCAUCUCCUCCGUCUAAAAAGGUUAAAAGCCUCGGUCCUUGCAACACCAUAGACAAGUUCUUCAGGUGACAGUCAUUGAGGGGCAACCUCCAGCCUAGUGCGGAUGAACUGAGGAAGUAAAAACGCAGGUCUUCUAUUCCCUCGGCUUCCCUGCACAGUUUUUAUUCAUCCUGCGGUCACUGCGCACAAAGCUUAAGUUUGCACAUAGAAGAUGCUCCUAAAACACCUCGCUUGUCUGCUCUAAACGAUAUUCAAAAUGAAAGAUGAAGACAAGUCCAAUAAUUCCUUUUAACGCAUUUUUAUUUAAUGGUCAGGGUAGAUAUAUUUUUUUUAUCUUCAUUAAGUUAUUUUAUUAUGAUAUUGUCACAUUUGUGUUUUUGUGUCACUUUUAAUUGUAGUGUAUACCUUUAAUAAUGAAGAAAAGAGAAUUUUUUUUAUCAUUUAAAUUGUUGCAAUAAAUUAUUCUGCUGAAAUCUCA